AUGUUCAGACCAGUGGAAUAUUCUGAGAGUGCUAUCAUAUCAAGUUCAGAUUCCGAGGUUGAGCCAUUAGAUAACAAUAGGCCGAAGCAUCAUCAAAAGCACGUCCGCUUGAAGAUAGACAGAUCAUCAGACGAUGAAGAUGAUAACCAUGAUGGAUUGCCAAAGUUUCAAAAGCGUCCAUUGAGUGAUACCCCUGUGACAUCUCAGUGGAACUCUCCAAGCGACUCCCAAGACAGUUCCGCUGAGACCACUCCCACUGUGUCCCCUGAGGGAAGCUCUACAAACCUGAAAUUGCUUACCACACCCCGCAAUGAUGCUGAUGGCGCCCUUUCGCCCAGCAGUGGUCAAUUCAUGCACCCAAAAGUUCGUCCCACGACAAUCGACGUACCAGGAUUGACUAAAUCUAAGACAUCUCCAGACGGUACUAUCUCCAAGGAUGAUCCUGGAUCCAAGUUAGUAAUUGUUAUGGUGGGUUUGCCUGCAACGGGAAAGUCUUUCAUUACCAACAAGCUGUCGCGGUUUCUAAACUAUUCCAUGUACUAUUGUAAGGUGUUCAAUGUGGGUAACACGCGGCGUCAGUUUGCGAAAGAUCAUGGACUUCAAGACCAGGACUCAAAAUUCUUUGAUCCUAAUAACCCCGAGUGUAAAAGGUUGAGGGAACAAUGGGCGAUGGAUACACUUGAUCAAUUAUUAGAUUAUCUUUUAGACGGACCUGGUUCAGUGGGAAUUUUUGAUGCGACAAAUUCCACUAGAUUGCGUCGUAAAAAGGUGCUUGAAAAGAUUCACGCUCGUAACACACAAAUCAAAGUUCUUUACUUAGAAAGCAUAUGUUCCAACAGGGCUACUGUGGAGAAGAACAUUAAACUUAAAUUAUUUGGGCCUGACUACAAAGGCAAAGACCCUGAAAAAUCCCUUCAAGAUUUCAAAGAGCGUUUAUCAAAUUACAUGAAAGCAUAUGAACCAGUGGAAGAUGAUGAGAAUUUGCAAUACAUCAAGAUGAUUGAUGUGGGGAAAAAAGUCAUUUCCUACAACAUUCAAGGGUUUUUGGCGUCCCAAACUGUCUACUAUCUACUUAAUUUCAACCUGGCGGACCGCCAGAUUUGGAUUACUAGAAAUGGUGAAAGUGAAUUUAACGUCCAAGGUAAAAUUGGAGGUGAUUCGGACUUGACCCCGCGUGGUUUAAGAUAUGCACGUGCUCUUGCUAAGUUCAUUGAUGAACAGAGAGUUUUAUUUACAGAAAAAGAAAUGAGAAACUAUGCUGAAUCAGACUCUAAUGACAAGGAUAGCUUUAAUGCUACUGAAUUUUUCGUUUGGACAUCAAUGCUGAAAAGGUCAGUAGAAACGGGUCAAUUUUUCAAUGAAGAUGACUAUCCUAACAAACAAAUGCGAAUGCUUGACGAAUUAAGCGCCGGGGAUUGCGAGGGAUUAACUUAUGCUGAAAUUCAAGCUAGAUAUCCUGAAGAAUUUGAAGAAAGGUUGCAUGAUAAACUGAGAUAUAGAUAUCCAGGUAUUGGAGGUGAAUCCUACAUGGACGUCAUUAACCGGCUAAGACCUGUUAUUACUGAAAUUGAGCGAAUCGAGGAAAAUGUUCUGAUCAUCACUCACCGUGUGGUUGCAAGAGUGUUACUUGGAUAUUUCUUGAAUCUGAGUAGGGAUAUCAUUGCAAAUUUGGAUGUUCCACUUCAUUGCGUAUAUUGUUUAGAGCCUAGGCCCUAUGGCGUUACGUGGUCCCUCUACGAGUAUGAUGAGGAGAAAGAUCACUUCUUCAAGGUCCCACAAAGUGAAAUGAACACUAUGAAGGUGAAAGAAGUUGGACUUGUUCAUGCAGAAAGAAGAUACUCCAUCAUUCCAACAGCGCCACAUGUUCCAACCAGUACUAAAGGUGAUUUUCUGGCGAAUAAUGCAAGCUCUUCGAGCUUGGCAAAAUUGGCUCCUUCUGCUUUCACAGUAGGGGGUGGAACAUCGAUCAGCAGACCAACAGCAAGAUCCCAGCUGGCUCAACCACGUUCUAGUAUUUUGUCUCGACAAGCACCAGGGAAAUCCCUUCCUGAGGAGAAAAGCCGGUCAAAUUCCAGUCCUCCUCAUACUUCUUCAUCCAGUUAUCAGAUUCAAAUAGACAAGUUGAAUGAAAAGCUGGCAAAGUUAAAGACUUCAACAUUGAAAGACGAUACUGUUGCAAAUUCACAGAUGUCAAGAAGCCGCAGUCAGACGUAA